AUGCCUUCGAUUCAAUUACACGCGCGCUCUGCCGCGCCCGCUGUGACAGCGACAGAGACAUCAUCCUUUCCCCUCACUAACCCUCUGCCGCAACUCCUCCAAACACCCUCCGGUCUCGCCCUCCUCGAGCUCCAGGGCACGAUCAACCUCCCAGAAUACGAACCAGAAACAAGUCCAGAUGGAUCACCCAACCCGAACGCCUUGUCCUUCGAAACGCCGAUCGGGAAGAUCAUGUUUCCAGACUACUCGUUGCUCAACCCGGAUGACACCAAGUGGAUGAAGCGAGUCUAUCUGUAUGUUGGUCGGUACCAACGCAUGACCGGCGAGGUCAAGAAGCUACCACGACCGAUAGCUGUGCUGCAGAGGCGCGCUGGGUCGAAAACGGAGGAGUUGGAGGUUGUUGAGGUUGUGCGACACAAGAUAUUCUUCAAGAACCGACCGGAGCCUGUCAAUGAUAUUUGA